AUGUUCUCAAAUCGUAUAGUCAGACCAUCAUCGUUUCUCUUCUCCUUCAUUCGUUAUAAUCAUCGAACGAAGCCUUAUCCAGACCUUACACAUCCUGAACAACCAAUUCAUUUCCCAGAAACAUACCAAGAAAAACUCGCUCUUCCACUAGAACGACCGCGUUUCGUUGAUGAAUACUCAAUCAAAGGGCCACCCUAUGGUCGUGUCUACGAAAAAAUUCCGUUCAAAUUUCGUGUGGAAAAAGGUCGAGCUUAUCUAUACUGUGCGU